AUGCUCCCUGAUAGAAUCCUGGCUGUGAAGGAUGACAUCCACAAGACCGAGGGCUACAAGCAGGCAAAGAACUGCAUCACCAUCCUGUUCACCUACAAUACUGCUGGGAUCCACAAGCUGAAUAUGGCCACCCUCCCAGUGUUGUAUUCCAACUCUGCAAGGAGCUGGAUGACUGCUGAGAUCUUCAAGAACUUCAUCCCCAUUGUGAGGAGGCACCUGUGCUCGAGGAACCUACCAGAGAAGGCAGUCCUGCUGUUGAACAACUGCAGCACCCAUCCAGCAGCCAGUACCCUGAGGACUCCAAAUGGACAGAUCUUUGUGAAGUAUUUGUCCAAGAACACCACCUCAAAGAUUCAGUCCUGUGAUGCCGGCAUCAUCAAGUCCUUUAAGGCCUUGUAUAAGAAGGAACUGGUUGAUGGAGAUGCUGGAUCUGACAGGCACAUUACAGACUACCUGAAGGAGCUGACACUGAAGGACUCCUUCUACCUGACAGCCAAGGCUUGGGAGACAGUCUCCAAGGCUACAAUGAGGAACUGUUAUUUAGAGGAAGGCCUUCAAACUUCACCCUCCAGGACUGGGUCAACAUGUGGUCCCAGGUAG